UUUGACGGCCCAGGAGAUGUUGACCACUGGGCCUUCACAUCCACAAGUGACAUCCAGCCUCAGAUCAUGCAAAGCUGAUGGGUAUCUGUUGUCAUCAGGUGGAGCUGGUGACAGAGGCCCAAGUUCCUCUUGUCAUCUGUAUGACUUGGCAUUGGUACACUGUUGACUUUUCAUGAGGAUUAGACAGACCAAGUCAACAUGCUGUCAUUCACAGUAUCCAGGACAAUGAGUGGUGUCCUUGGCAGAGGUGUGCGCCUGACACCUAGCCUAUGCUCCUCCCAGGCCCUGGUGCAGGUGUGCAAGUGGGCAUGUUCCUACAGCACUGGCAGCAGCACAGGGCAGAGGACCCCUUCCUACAGCUAUGUCAUCGUGGGCGCUGGCUCGGCAGGCUGUGUGCUGGCCAACCGGCUGACGGAGAACGCCUCGGACUCGGUCCUUCUCCUGGAGGCCGGCCCCAAGGACAUGUUCUUCAACAGCCUCCGCCUGUCCUGGAAGAUCCACAUGCCAGCCGCCCUCACCUACAACCUGUGCGAUGAGAAGUACAACUGGUACUACCACACGCUGCCCCAGGUGGGCAUGGACAACCGCGUGCUCUACUGGCCUCGGGGCCGCGUGUGGGGGGGCUCGUCCUCCCUCAAUGCCAUGGUGUACAUCCGGGGCCACGCCGAGGACUACAACCGCUGGCAGAGGGAGGGGGCCGAGGGCUGGGACUAUGACCACUGCCUGCCCUACUUCCGCAAGGCCCAGGCCCACGAGCUGGGGGCCGACCGUUACAGGGGGGGCAGCGGGCCUCUGCACGUGUCCCGCGGCAGGACCAACCACCCGCUACACCAGGCCUUUAUCGAGGCCGGCCAGCAGGCUGGGUACCCCUUCACGGACGACAUGAACGGAUUCCAGCAGGAGGGCCUGGGAUGGAUGGACAUGACCAUACACAAAGGGAAGAGAUGGAGCACAGCGAGUGCCUACCUGCGUCCCGUGCUGUCGCGGCCCAACCUGAAGACGGACGUGCGCUGCCUCACCACCCGCAUCCUGUUCGAUGGAACCAGGGCCGUCGGCGUCGAGUACCAACAGAAUGGCGAAACCAAAAGGGUGUAUGCAGAGAAGGAGGUCAUCCUCAGUGGAGGAGCCAUCAACUCACCACAGCUGCUGAUGCUGUCUGGCAUUGGAGACGCAGACGAGCUGAAGGAACUGGGCAUCCCAUUGGUCCAGCAUCUACCAGGAGUUGGUAAGAAUCUGCAGGAUCACUUGGAGCUGUAUGUGCAGCAGCAGUGUACUCAGCCCAUCACCCUGUAUAAGGCCCAGAAGCCUUUCCUCAUGCUCAAGAUUGGCAUAGAGUGGAUGCUGCAGCAGACAGGCUACGGGGCCACGGCGCACCUGGAGAGUGGAGGCUUCAUCCGCAGCCGUCCCGAGGUCACCCACCCCGACAUCCAGUUCCACUUCCUGCCCUCGCAGGUCGUUGACCACGGCCGCGUUGCCUCUAAGAUCGAGGCUUACCAGGUACAUGUUGGCCCCAUGAGAAGCACCAGUAUAGGAUGGAUGAAACUCAAGAGCAGGAAUCCUCUGGACCACCCCAUCCUCCAGCCCAACUACCUCACCACAGACAUCGACAUCUGGGAGUUCCGCCAGAGCGUGAAGCUGUCUCGUGAGAUCUUCGCCCAGAAGGCCUUCGAACCCUUCCGUGGCCCUGAGGUGCAGCCGGGCCCAGAGGUCGCCACGGACGCCCAGAUUGACGCCUUUGUGCGGCAGAAGGCCGACAGUGCCUACCACCCGUCCUGCACGUGCAAGAUGGGCGCGGUGACCGACCGCAUGGCGGUGACCGACCCCCAGACGCGCGUCUACGGCAUGGAUGGCCUGCGCGUGGUGGACGCCUCCAUCAUGCCCAGCGUCGUCAGCGGCAACCUGAACGCGCCCACCAUCAUGAUGGCCGAGAAGGCGGCCGACAUCAUCAAAGGCCUGCCCUCGCUCAGUGACCCCGGCGUGCCCGUCUACCAGCCACCCACCUUGGAGACUCAGAGGUGAAGAGGGGGAUGUAGGUCCACAAAGCGUCCAGGGAUGGGUUUCUCAACAGCCUCGUUUCUAACUAAUUAAACAAUUUACUUGGAUGCAAUACUAUUUCCCAUUGGAAACCGACUAAGUUUCUAACUGGUUAGCAACGAUGCUUUUGAGAAGCGGGGGUCCUGGAGUAUAUUUCCCAAUACCAUAGUUGCUUGCCAUUGAUCAACUUUGUUGGUUAGCAUUGGGCAAUUGCAUAGCAACUUAUUUUACAAAUACCUUUGCUUUGGAGACUCAAAUGGGAGGAGCAGGUUGGUACCAGUCUGCAAACGGCCCAGGACGAUGUUUCUCAAAACCAUAGUUGUUGUUGCUAACUGUGUUAUCUACUUUGUUGGUUUCAAUGUAUAUGUAAUUACUCAUUGGUAGCUAACUGGUUAGCAAUGACACUUUUGAGAUUUCGCACCCCACCAUAUUUGUUAACCAGUUAGCAGCUUGGAUGGCAGUGGAGCAUAGAGGUAGAAUAUUACACUAGAGGUGCGACGGCAAUUCGCGAUAACACUGGAAAAUGGCAAGCGCAGCCUCCAUCUUCUGUAGGUAGACUUGUGCUCUUCAGUCAGUGGAGAACAUGCCCACCUUUUUGACAGAGGAGAGCCCCCUUCUCCAUUCAUUGCUUAGAUCUACCUACAUAUAAUGGCUGCCAGGACUGCCGUGAAAAAGGAGGCGAGGUCACCUCUAGUCUAAUACCCUACCUCUAUGCAGUGGAUAUCGCAGUCAUUGGGCAUUGCUUGAACACUUAGCAGUGAAGAUGAGGCUUGGACCUCACCUUGGCUGUGAUCGUUACCAAUACAAGUACCUUACUCCUUUGGCGUCGUACACAGAUGCUAUCCUGCUAAAUGUCUUAAGCUCUAGGCCAAACAGUUACUCUUUCUUAGUUAUCUGCAUGACAGGGACACAUAAUGCAGAUACACAAUUUAGAGCAGACCACAACAUUGUUUAAGUGCAAUUGGAUUUUCUGAACGAAUGCACCUAGUGAAAUGGCCAUUCCUUUGAGCUGUCCAUAAUAUUUAGUAUGUCUUUUUUACAGGAGUAUGUGCAAAUUGACAUCAAGAUUUUGUGUAGAUGAUUGUAUAAGAUGCAGCAUUAGCUUCUCAUCUGAGUAAAAAAUACAGGUUUCGUCCUCAGAUAUUUUUUUUAAUUAGCCAAAGGAUACAAAUGAAGACUUUAUUUGCAAAAUGGUGUAUCUCCAUUUUGCAUAAUGUUGGGAAAUUGACAUUUUUGUAUUGGGCAUUCCAUUGCAUUGCAUUGCAAAAUGUAUUUUAUACAGGUUGAAAAAGUAUGUUCUCAAAAUUAACACAUACAGUAGGUGAUAAGGCCUCUGAACAGUCAUUUUCAAUAAUGCAAAAUGGUGGAUACACUGUUUUGCAAAUAAACUCUUCAGAUAUUCAUGUCAAGCACUAAACUAAUUUGGGGAGACCAGUGCUUUCAGCAGCUCUACAUCACGGCAUUUCAUGAGAACAAAUCAUUUAUUGUUUUUUUUCCAUUUUGUGUGAAGUAUGUAAGGUAAAAAUAAUGUGUGUAGUGUUUUAAACAUUCUUAAAUGAAAAACUCUUCUGAAUGUAUUUGGUCAUAACACUUCAUGUAUUGAUCUGACUUUAUUUUGUUGUCAAGCACUAAAAUGCAUUUCAAAGAACACAUAAUUCUACCAAGAUCACUAUCUGAUUGAUGUUAAUAUAAAUGUAAUCCUUGGCACUACAGCAAUAUUGAUGUCACAUGCACCAAGUCUAAUUUUUGGGUCUUCUGGAGUGCUAAAAGCUAAGGUUUGCUUUGGAAUCUUAAAAGGGAUAGUCCACCCAUAGGCUACUGUUCUGUAUUUUAUUUUGUGGAAGAUUCUGACAGUAAGGAGUGUUUGGUGUGUUAGGGGUGUGAGAUUAUGCAGUGGGAUAUUUUUUCAGUGUGUGAAACCAACCCAAGUUUCUUCGCACUCUUGGUUAGUGUGGUCCACCCUUUUUUAUCAGCGCAGUGUUCAUUUUGUAAGGCACUGAUGGUGGUUACAUACAGGUACUUAGAAACCAAUAAUCUGUUAAAGCAUGCUGUACUAAGCUUGCUUUGUUUUUGUCACACAAGGGACUAAUUCUCCCACCACCAACACUUACAAACAUUUCCAGCAACGUCCAGUCCAGAAUGGAAAAAAUGUGAACAUACAACUACUUGCCAGUCCUUUUAGCCUUUCAGUCCACAGUCUUAGCCUUUAGUCUUCAGUAUUAUACUAUAGCUUAGUCAGUGGUCAAUAUGUCAUAUGAUGGGACUUGGGAUUGUUUACAAGGAAUUGUUUAAUUAUGUAAUACACAUUCAGGUUGAUUUUCUUUCUUAUUAUGUAUUACAUGACAUGUACAAAAAUGUGAUUAAGAUCAAAUGAAGAUAGAUAAGAUAAAUGCCUUAAUACACUAAAUGUGACUGUACCAGUGCUGCUUGGAACGGCAUUGAAAUGAAGUAUUCUCUUACUUUUGUACUGUGAAUGUCAGCUAGUGUUACGAAGCUUCAUAGUCAGGAGCAAAGAUAAAAUGAAUGUGGUGUUCUGUGGGGCGAAACCCAUAGUGCCACUCCCGCCUUUUCCGAGAGUGGAGAACACCAGAUAAUAUAUAUAUAUAUCAGUACAUGAAGUUAAGUUGCCAUACACAGACAUGCAUGCUUUCAACAUGUUGAUUUGCACCUAUUUGUUUCUAAUGUUUACAAGCUUUUACCAAGAUAUUUGCUGCACCAUAAAUACCAGAGAUUUCAUGUAAUUGCUAUGUUGUUAGUUUUUCAUGAUGUAUCAGAUGUAUGGUUUUAAGAUGCCUGACUGACAAUAAUUUUAAUAAAUCCAGCAAUUCUUA